CUGUGUUUUAAUGUCAGAGCAAGGCACAACAUCACUGCAAAACAAUCUAGAAUUUACAAAAAAAAUUGCAUCGAAAUUUUGCGCACUUUUUCUCACCUGAAUAGCAGCAUAAUAUCUUUGAUCCGCACAAUGGCAAUGGCACUUAACUUCGGCAGAAUACUAUCCAGUCGUACACCAUUGUUAUUCAAACUGAAUGUCGGUCAAAAUUUGUAUCAAAAUGCUCUGUUCACAACCAGUGCCAAUAAAUGCGUUCAACUUAAAAUUGUUAAGCCAACCAAUCACGAUAACUUAUCAUACGAAGAGAAAAAUUCACUCUUGAAACGCGAACAAUCACCACAUUUGACAAUUUAUAAGCCACAAUUGACCAGUAUGAUAUCAAUUAGCCAUCGAAUUAGCGGUUUGGCACUUACCGGAUUUGCGGCUUGUCUUUGUAUUGGUGCUGUAUUACCACCAAAUGAUAUUUCCUAUUGGUUGACGGCGAUUGAAGGAAUGCAAUUGAACGCAGCUACAUUGGCGUUUAUCAAAUUCUAUCUGGCAUUACCCGUUACGUUUCAUACACUAAAUGGUGUACGUCAUUUGUUCUGGGAUAAUGGCAAAUUUUUGAAUUUGAAUGAAGUGUAUAAAACUGGUUACACAGUGCUUGGCUUGUCCGUUGUAUCUGCACUCAUUUUGGCUGCAAUGUAAAUGAUUACCAAAAUCCAAAAAUGUUUAUCGCAUUGUGUAAAAUUGAAAAUUGAAUAAAUUAUGCAUCAAAAUGAUUAA